GUCGUUUUCGUUCAGCUCAUGGUCAAAUCCCGCAUCUUACAGAUUACGAAUCCUAUUUCCUCCAUGUCUCUCGCCCAUUACCAGCUGCAUUGCCAUAUCGUCUGGAGAUGCCCGCGUACCUGAAGUUGGAUAUGAAUCGGCUUCAAAUAGUGUCCUCGCUCUCAUACCACCGAGCCCCUCAUGAAAGGAAAUCGAAUUAUGAGUUUUGAGACCUUCAGCCUUAUGCUCCUGAUAUGAUAGACCACUAUGCGAAGAGUACAUUCUAUCCGCCUCUAUCGUUUUGAAUUUGCAGUUUCGGACUUACAGCUACUCUUUCUGCACAACCCUUUCAAUCCGGCCUGUUCCAAGGCAGUCUUUCCAACUUACCACGAUGGCGUACUCGGCACCACAUUCGCCUGCUCGCCACCGUGAUUCCGAUGCCGACUCGAAUGAUUCAGCCUCCAGGACUUCUCCUAACAAGUUGCUGCGCCUCCUCGAACUGAGCGCGGAACGGGCUUCGUCGCUACCGCCUCGACGACUAUCUUCCCCUGUGAAGAAGGCUCCACAAGUCCGACCCCGUCUGAAUCAGUUCUAUACAUUCGACCACGCUGUCCAACUCUUCAAAAGGUCGAAGAAUAUCAUCGUCCUGACUGGAGCAGGGAUCUCGACUUCUCUAGGUGUCCCGGACUUCCGCUCCACCAAUGGUGUUUACAAUCUUCUGGUGGACUCGAAAUACGACGAUCCCCAAGAGCUCUUCCACAUCGACAAUUUCAAAACAGAUCCUGGCGAAUUCUUCAAGCAGGCUGCAAAGGUCUUUCCUAGGAUGCAAGGUCUGGUGCCGGCGGAUGGGGCGGGAAACGAGGGCAUAUCACCUGAUGUUCCUUUGGUUCCGAGAUACAGCGCUACUCAUGCGUUCCUUGCGUUGCUACAGGCCAAGGGCAAGUUACUCACCAAUUAUACGCAGAACAUCGACAGCCUAGAGACUGCGGCCGGUGUCUCGAGUGCUAAGCUAAUACAAUGUCAUGGUACACUGUCCACUGCGACAUGCAUGAGCUGUGGCAAGAGGAUAUCUGCCAGAAAAUACAUGCCUGUUGUUCGAGAAGGCAAUACCCCGUUUUGCAAGUGCUCACGCGAAACAGAUAAGAAGGUUGGAAAACAGCGAGGGCGAGGCGGAAAGAGAAAAAGGAAGCGAGACGAACUCGAAGAUUCGGACUCUGACCUCGAAGAGAGCCGCAAGCCUUUCCCGAAGGGACUGCUCAAACCCGAUAUGACUUUCUUCGGCGAACACAUCUCGUAUUCUUAUGCUCCUCGCCUAGAGGUCGACAAGGCGAAAGUGGAUCUGCUUGUUAUUAUCGGCACUUCUCUAAAGGUUGCCCCUGUAAAUGAUAUGCUCCUUGCCGUCCCUUCUACGGUGCCUCAAAUAUGGAUUAGCAAAGACCGAUGUCAGCGCGAAGGGGUCAAGGUCGACAUUGAACUUCUGGGAGAGUGUGAUCUCAUCAUCGAAGAGAUAGCUCGACGAGCCGGGUGGACUGCUGCCUUGGAGGAGCGCCUGUGGACGGCUCAAAAGACAAGAGAUGUACAGGCCCCUGUGGUGAAGCCCAAGCUAUCUGAAGAGCACGCGGGGCAGCCGAAUGAACCCUCAGUGACGGCGGAGAGUCAUCUGGAAAUCCGACCAAAGCAAGAGCAAUCGCCAAGCAACAUCCUUCGAUCUACCAACAGGCCUGUCAUCAAGAUCAAUGAUGAAGUGGUUACCGAUUUCGAACUUGAUGCUGGUCAGGAGGGCCCGAACGACAAAGAUAAAGCUGGGGAGAAGUCAGUGGAGCUUUCUUUUACCCAAGGAGUCUCAACCUUACCAGAGCUGGCGUCUGACGACAAGGUCUUUGAGAAACCGAAGAAACCGAAACUUCCACCUUCGAAGGUUUCUAUCGAGCUCGAGUUAGGGCAAAGGUCGAGGUGGUUCGUUCGAAGAGCGAAGUGAUCAACUCAGCCCCUUGACACUUAACCUGAGACCAACCAUGUCUACCAUUUGAUUUCCUUUCAUGAUGUCUUAUCUGUCACUAUUGUUUCGGUCGACAUUCUCCAGCCGGGAGUUGGUUUUGUGUCGGACGCUGUUGCACAUGCGUUGGUAGAGUUGGCUCUGUAGCCUACCUCGGUCGAGGGAGGCGUAUGUUGGUCUCCGACUGGGGUUGGUUUGGAGCAUGGAUUUGGACAAUAAUCAAUGAUAGGGACUACGAGUAGCUGCACAAAGUGUAAAAUCGAAUUGUUGUACCAUUACAGAGUACACGUG